GGCGGAAACCCAUCGCAACUAAUCCCCAACCCCAAACCUCCAAUCCACCCAUCCCCUCCUCAUCCACUCCGGGCGGCCAUGGCCUGCUCCUUCGCCGCCGCGACCGUCGUCUCUUCCGCCCCCACCCCGGCCGCCAGGCCCCUCGCCGUUGCCCCGCAGUCCGUCUCUGUCUCCCGCUCCGCGGUCGCCACCGCCGCCAGGCCGCUCCGCCUCGUCGCCUCCAGAUCCGCGCGGGCCACCAGACUCGUCGCCCGCGCCGGCGGCGUCGAUGACUUGCCGCUGGUCGGGAACAAGGCGCCAGACUUCGAAGCCGAGGCCGUGUUCGACCAAGAGUUCAUCAACGUGAAGCUCUCUGAUUACAUCGGGAAGAAAUACGUCGUUCUGUUCUUCUACCCCUUGGAUUUCACCUUUGUCUGCCCGACCGAGAUUACUGCCUUCAGUGACAGAUAUGAGGAAUUCGAGAAGUUGAACACUGAGGUUCUUGGUGUCUCUAUUGACAGUGUGUUCUCCCACCUUGCAUGGGUGCAGACAGACAGGAAGUCUGGUGGGCUUGGCGAUCUUAAAUACCCACUUAUUUCUGAUGUCACCAAAUCAAUUUCAAAGGCCUUCGGUGUUCUGAUCCCUGACCAGGGUAUCGCUCUGAGAGGACUGUUCAUCAUUGACAAGGAGGGAGUGAUUCAGCACUCUACCAUUAACAACCUUGCCAUUGGUCGCAGUGUGGACGAGACCAUGAGGACCCUUCAGGCAUUGCAGUACGUCCAGGAGAACCCAGACGAGGUCUGCCCGGCCGGUUGGAAGCCAGGGGAGAGGUCCAUGAAGCCCGACCCCAAGGGAAGCAAAGAGUACUUCGCGGCCGUGUAGACUCGCCGUCUUUGAGAAGCUUUGCUACGUUUUUGUCAUGGUGCCCGCUAAGCCCCCCGGCAGUAGGUUGGAGUUUUGCGGAGCUCGCGUUUUUACAAAUCUCUGUGCUCUGAACCGAGCGUAGUAGCCCCCCUUUGCUGUUGUGCAUCCCGAUUGAGUGCUGUUCUUUGCCACCUUGUUUAAUUUCGUCACCUGACGACAUAAGGUUCAUUUUACACGUGAUUGAGAGAUCUCACCUCUAGUCUUGUGUCGUAGUUUGUCGGAAAAAUUCCCUAUAUAUCUUCACAUUUUAAACUCAUUCCUU